AGGAGCCCUGGUUGGGUAGCGGCGGCUCGCUUGGAGCAGCUCCAGCCAGCUCGUAAUAAUUCCUCCUUAAACAUCCGUCCAGCUCAGUAGGCUGUCGGUCGGACGCCGGGUGUCCAGCAGUGGUGUGACUUCUGGAUUUGCUGAGGGCAGCUCCUAGGAGUACUUCACUGGGCAAGUUUUGAAGGAUGCCAGAAAUUCUCAUGACGCACUAGCGGUCCAAGGUGAUCCUCUGAGGCAGAGAUGAGUCUGACGUCCUGGUUCUUGGUGAGCAGCGGUGGGACGCGCCAUCGUCUUCCCCGGGAGAUGAUCUUCGUGGGGAGGGAUGAUUGUGAGCUCAUGCUGCAGUCUCGCAGCGUGGACAAACAGCACGCUGUCAUCAACUACGAACCAAACACAGAUGAACAUAAAGUGAAGGACUUGGGCAGCUUAAAUGGGACUUUCGUCAAUGACGUCAGAAUACAGGAGCAAGACUACGUCACGCUGAAGACCGAUGACAAACUGAGGUUUGGAUAUGAUACCAACUUGUUCACUGUGGUUCGAGGAGAGCUGCACAUUCCCGAGGAGGCCCUCAAGCAUGAGAAACUGAGCAGCCAGCUUCAGAUGAUCCAAAGGAAACCUGCAGAAAAAUGUGAGGUGAAGCCUUCAGAGGCAGCGGCGGCUUCAGGUUCAGAAGGAGCCACGUCAAAACCUCCAGAGUCCGGCAAACCCGAGGAUAAGACAGUAGGAGACAUAGCAGUUUUACACCGGGGCACGCCCCUUUAUGGGCAGCCUGCUUGGUGGGGAGAUGGAGACACGGAUGAUCAGCAUCCCGAAAAACCUGAGGAGAAAACCUCUGAUAGGAAGAAUGAAAAGGCAGAAACGGACACCAAAAGAAGUGCAGAGAUCCCAAAGUCUUUGCCUCAAGCAGUCUCAAAUCAAGAACCCAGCUACUUUGAAAUUCCAACAAAGGAUGCUCCCAUCGCAGCUAACACCAGUGAACGUCCUCCACAAGAUCAAGAGACAAAUGCUUCCACUGCUGCUGUGGAGCCCAUCCAUGGCCAUGCCUCAUUCACCAUCGAGUUUGACCCUGGGGCGUCAGGCAAAGUGUUGGUGAAGGAUCGGGUGGCAAAAGUAGGACCAGAGACCCGACCCCGCCCAAAGAGGGCUGUUGGAGAAGACCUGAGUCCGCUUCAGACAGCCAUGGUGGCAGCCGAGGUUAAAGUUGCUGACUGGCUGGCUCAGAAUGAGCUGCCAUUGGCUCUGAAAGAGACAGUGGCAGAAGAUGAUGGAGAGAGUGUGAAAAGCGAUGUUCCUGUGCAUCUCAGGAGUCUCAAAGGUAGUAAACAUGAGGAUGGCACUCAGAGUGAUUCAGAGAAUGCUCUUGGGGAGCAGCGCAGGGCUGCAGCGCUGGAGGAGCGCUCAUGGGGUCUUUGGGGCAGCACUGGCAUCAAAGAAAGUCGUGCAAAUGUACCAGAAGGCCUGUUUGCAGAAGAGGAGAGUCCUGCAAGGCGUUGCAAGUCUUCAACAUCGAAAAGGCAGAGCGGGUUGGUGGAAAGGCGGCGUGGCUCAGCAUCACAUCAGCAUGGUGGUCGUGAAGAGUGCUACGGACACAGAGAUGAAUACAGUGACAGAGGGACUUACACCAUUGAGCAGGAGAACGGGGCCAAUGAAGAGCAAGAGGCUAGGAAACUGAUUGACAAGGUAUUUGGUGUGGAUGAGCAUCGUGUUUCCAGGAAGGGAGGGAUUGAUCAAAGAGAGAGGUUGUCUUCACAGAGGUCUGGUUCGAGAGACAGAGGAAAGCCUGGACGUCUGGAGACAGAGUUCUUGUCUGAAGAGUUGAUGGUUGGUGGUCCUCGUUGGGUGUCACAGUGGGCUACUCUUGCUGCCAGCCACAUUCGGACAGAUCCUGAGGGAUCCGGAGGGGACAGUCACACCAUGGUCACAGAGGACAGAGCAGAAAUACGUGGAUCCAGCCACAUGGCCUCUGUGCACACCGAACGCAAGAGGAGAACCCUACCACAGCCACCUGGCGAAGAACUUAAUCUGGGAAGAAAAACCCAGGGUGGAUGUCUGAACCCAGAUAUGGGUGAAAAGCAGGAUACUGAGCCUCAGGAGAAAGAGAAUCAAGAUGAAAGGCUAUCCAGAGGAAAUAAACAAAGUAUUCAAGGCACCAGAGGUGUGGGCAGUCAGAGCGGUAGCCCAAGUCGAUCUUCUCCGGCCAAAUCACAGGACAGUGGUGGUGGUAAAUCAAGUCACUCGGGUGUCCUGAGCAAAGUCCCUCCACGUCCACUGACCAGUGGACAGAAGAGAAUGGAGGAAGAAAGGAGGAGAAAGAAGGAUGAGGAGAAAGCUAGAGAGAAUACCGGGAAACCAUUGCUGAGGCAGGAGAGUUUCACUGUGGAGAAACCGAGCUCCAGUGUACCCAUAGAACUUAUUCCACGAAUUGAUGCCUACACAGGAACCAAAACUCAGAGUAGGGAUGGGGGCAUAGACAGUGUCUCAAUGCAGAAAGACUCAGAAGCUGUGGCAGCUUUUCUAGAGAGCACUGUGUCAGACCAAGGUGAUCCACCAAGUCAGUCUAUUGAAGGUUCCAUGUCUCCAGAGUCAGACGUAGACACAACAAGCACAGUUAGCCAAGCCGAUGGAGUUAGAAAAGUAGUUCAGAAACGCAGGAUACUAGCUGGGCAGCAAAAGGAGAGAACAAUGGUCUGCACCUCUAACAAGGGCCCUACUGGGAGCAGAGAGCCUCUGGACAGGAGGGGGAAGAACAGAACCUCUGGCCCUCAACAACCAAGUCACCCCUCAACAUCCCUGGACCUUACUGACGAUGACAUCAACUCCAACUCCCUCCUUUCCGACUCACAGCCUGUCUCCACACAAGACUCAAGGGGUUCAAACUUUAGAGGCCAAACAGUUGGGGCCAGCACCAAGUCUAGUCGGGCCAAGAUGACACAGCCAUCACCUUCUUCUGCCCCAAACAAAGCCAGUAACGUUCCCAAGCCAAGACCUACUCGGACAUCCCUGUUGAGGCGAGCCCGGCUGGGGGAGUCAUCAGAUACCGAACCUGCUGAUAUGGACCGGAUGUCAGUGGCUUCUGAGGCGUCAACUGCUAGUUCCACAUCCAGGACAGGGAUAGCAAGAAGGGGAAUGUCUAGAAUAGAGGCUCUAGCACAACCAAGGAGACCAAGAGUUGGGUCUCCAUCUGCCCAGAGCGACUCGGAGGCCACCGUGGCUAAAAGCAGAGGGUUGAGCGGCCGAAGUGCAGCAGGAGAUUAUGCUCUCAGACAGGGAUUGAGAGGUUCAAAUGUGGCUUCACUAUCCGGACCCAGAGCCAGAGCUAACAGUGCCUCCAAGGUGCCUGAUAAAACUAAAGGAACAUCAUCGUAUGGGCAUAUGACACCUGCAUCUGGGACUCGGUGGCGCCGUGUUCCUGUGGAGUAUGCAUCCACUUCUGAGGAUGAGUAUGGCUCAAAUCGCCACAUAUCCAAGCAGGGGCCUACGAGGCCAUUCCCUUCGACCCGAGUUGCCCAGUUAGGAGGUUCAGCUCCGGCAACACCCAACCCUGCAGGGCUGACCAGCUUGAAGCAGAAUUCCAGGGACCAGGAUGAGUAUAUGAGAGACUGGACAGCGCACAGUGAAGAAAUAGCCAGGAUCAGCCAGGAUUUAGCCAAAGAUUUAGCAAUGCUGGCACGAGAGAUUCAUGAUGUGGCUGGAGAGAUCGACUCAGUCAGUCCUGCAGCAACUGACCCUGGAGCUCUGUUGGAGGAGUCAGUAUUUGAUGAUGGUUUGGAUCUGGGUGGUUCCACCGCAGAGCAGAGCAGGAUUCUGGCAGGCGAGGGCCAAACCGUGGAGCUACGACAACGAAGCUCAAACGAUCAGAGCUCUCGCUCUAUCCGUCGACAGACAUGGAAUAGAGACGACCUGUACCUUGACAAUGUGCUGCUUGCUUCUGUGACUCAACUUUCGACCAGAAUACGACAGUCUGUGGACAAAACUACCUGCAAAGUCAGGAUUCUUUUCAAGGAUAAGGAAAGAAAAUGGGAUGAGAUUGAGACCAAACUGCAAGCAGAGCACGACUCCUUAGUUCUCAAGAGCUCCAGCAAGGAGAUUUCAACAAUUAUUCAAGACCUGAAGAGUGUGGAGAAGCAACUUUCAGUUAUCGAUAUGAUGGUGGACCCAGACGGCACUCUGGAUGCCCUGUCCAGCAUGGGUCUGACAAGUCCUCUAAGUGACCAGAGGAUGAGUCCUGGGAGUCAGCAGGGGGCCCCGGCGUUGCAUUCCAGAACAGAGACAAAGACAUCCGGCGCACUGUCAGCACCCAGGUGUGAAGAAUUUUCUGGCGAGCUCUGUGGAUCCUCAGAGCGCACAGAAGGCUCGAAGCAAGGCAAGAGUGUUACAUCCUAAAACUGACAAAGAAAAUCACAUCCAAUGAUUUUUUAUAUAAAAACUGACAGGACGUCCUUGGAAAAGACAUUGGUGUGGGGUUUAGUCAUUUUUAUGGCUUUUUCCUCGCUGAAGAUAGAAGAAGGUGAGUGAAGCUUUCGUCAUGGUAAAGUUUGUUGACUGUGUUGUCAAAUGUAUCAUUUCGGAUCUCCAGCGUGUUAAAGGAAAUGCAGUUAAGAAAAGAUCGAAGUGUUGACAAUGAGCCAUGUGUCUUUGUGUUGCAGGUUAUUUUUGUCCAAUAUAUUUAAAAAAAUAUCAGAAAAAAUCAGACUGACAGAGUGUUAAAACUGAGCUUGUCUUGGUUUUUAAAUGAGGUAAAAUUGGCCUCAAGUCACCAUUACAGACACAAAGUCCCAUAAAAGUAAAACAGACAGAAUCCUAAUUUAUAGGGCAGAUAUCCGGAUUUUCUUCUUUUGUUUUUACAAACAUACAGCUUCCUGUCGAUUCAUACUUAAUUUUUCUGAUUCCAAAAAAUAUUUAUAAACAUUUUGGAAGUAUUUUGUUUUUACUUUUAACUUGAACAAAUGAUUUUAAGCUAAUUGGUUCGGCCCAACAACUAGUGUAAUGUAAUUCAAUCUAUUGAGCACAAGUAGGUGUUUAGUAGUGAAAAACCACAACUAAAACUGAAAAACACCAAAAGACAGUCUAGUCAUGCCUAAUCAACUUUAUGCUCACAAACAGCUCAAGUGACCUCAGUGGUCUGGCUGCUGCCUCCCUGCUGGAUCUUUAUCACUUACUUUACAUGAUCAAUAUUUUUUCUUUUUGAUAAGAACCCUCACAUUUCUGUUCAACAGGUCUUUUCCAAUAUACUGUCAGAAACUCAGUAUCCAGGUUACAGGUCAUCCUACAUAUAAGAUACGAAUUUUCUGUUUUGUGACUAGAUAGGCUUUGUUUUGCUGUCAACAACAAACUGAUUUGAGAGACAAUGAAAAGACUAAUUUGAUUAUUUUUUAUUGUUUCAAUAUUUGGAGGGUUUAUGGAUCCACAAUGUGAUAUUUGCGCUUUAAAGAAGAUCCAAUUGUAUCAGAAUAGAAACAAAACAAAUCUGAUUAAGUGUCCUUUUUUGCUGCCAUAGUUAUUUAUUUAAAUAAAUGUAAAGUACUUUUCCAUGUCUUUCCUGUAUAUCAGCCUUUCUCUGUAUUGACUUUCCAAUCUCAAAUCUCCAUUAUGAAUUCUUCUUAGGAAAUGAAAUGGCCUUGCAGGGUAUCUUUAGUUACAUUUUCUCUUAAUGUCCUCUCCUUGUGUUAAUGUGGUUGAAAGUCAGUGCAUCAGAUCAGAAACUGGUUGUUAUUAGACAAUGUAAAGGCAAAUGUAGCUCAUGGGGUGGACUUUUCUCUUGCAAGCAAAUUUUGUCACAAGUGCUCUGGAUCAAACAAUCAGUGGAGGUGGUAGGAAAUAAAGGGGAGGUGUAGUUUGUUCCUGAGGAGGCUUGAAGUGCUGAUUAACUUGUAUCGUCUUAUUAAUAUUUGCGGGACCAGGACAUGACGUUCCUAAAUGACACACAUUUACCGUGUUUAUGUCUUUCACCAAAAGCAGGGUUUAAAACCAGCUUCCAGGACAUGAGAGGUUCCACAAACGGACCGCAAACAAAAUGUUGUGUUAGAACCAGCAUAGAUUGGGACUACCUCUGAGUCCUGCAGCUGCAUUUUACUAUUUAUAAUGCAACCAAACAGGUGACUGUGUAAUGACCGUAGGCUUUCCAAUGUCUUGCCUCAUACCAAUGUUUACACUUGAAUGUACCCUAAAAAGAUCUACUUAAAACAAAAAAAUCUUUAGCCAAAACAGUUUUAAUAGAGACAAAUGACUUUGUGCUCAGCACGCUUUCUCUAUAAUUCUGCAAGUUUGUUGAAGCAUUUGAUGAUGUUUCUUUUUCUUUUUUCGAUGUUUGUAUGACUUUAUUUUGUAAUCUUGUUGGGUUAGAUGUUGACCUUGCAAUAAAUGUCUCGUUUGUCUCAUUUACAAUAAAAUGCAUGAUCCUCAUGACCUG